UCACCCAACCCCUCCGUCUAUAUGAGUUGCACACUGGGAAUCAACCCACUGCGCGAGGAAGAAGGACUACCAUGUUGUCCGAUCCAUGCACAUUGCUGAGCUUUCUGAGACCAUGCUAAAAAAGCUAGAAAGAUGGCGGAGGAGCUGGACAGCAGAGCACAGCUCGCGAGGGAGAUAUGCUCCAUAUCAUCCAUGUUCACCGCUUGCACCCACCGCAGCCGCUCGCCCCGGCGACCACCCUUCGUUGACUGGUAUCUCGUUCUCAGAGUCGAUGAAGAGGCCGGAAUCGAUGUCAUACGCAGGCAAUAUCGUCGGCUGGCGUUGCAGCUUCAUCCAGACAAGAACAGACACCCCAAGGCUGAAGCUGCAUUCAAGGUCGUCUCUGAGGCAUAUGAAUGCUUGUCAGAUGAAGUUGCAAGAAGAGCCUUCAACUCUGAGAGGCAAGACAAGUUCUGCAGGGAGUGCCAUAGCAACUCAGAGAGGCAAAAGGCUGGAGUCCGAACAAAGCUGAGAAGAGCUGUGGCAGCUCUCAGAGAAGCUAAGAAGAGAUUCCAAGAGGAGUGCAGAGUGAUAGAACGCUGCUUGGAAGCCAACAAAGCAACCCAAGCAGGAUCACCGCUCUUUGAUCCCUCUGUCUACCUGCUCUACGAUGGCUAUCCACACUACCGCGAUCGGGUGGUCGUGAACACACGAGAGCAGGAGCAGCAGUUCCAGUGCGGCGAUGGCGACAACCACAGAAGAAAAGGCAGAUGCGAGUCACCUCUUUACGAGAUCAGAACGGAGCGCAGAGCAGGAAGAACAAUGAAGAGUAGUUUCAGAUUCUGAGUUGAACAUCGAAGUGGCUUCAUGCGCAAGGCUUAAUGUUGAAUUGAGGAUUGCAAUUUAUCUGGCGAAUUUGUAUCCCAUUCUUUAUCCAAUCAAUUCAUUCAUGAAAGUUCAUACA